AUCUCUCUAUCUGUGUGCAAUUUUCAGUCACCAUAAACAGUUCACUUCCAAGAUUAGGGUUUGAAUAUCUUUGCGACGAUUGAUUUUUCUUUGUUAUUAGUAUUCGUUAUGAAGCGCCAUCUCACCGAAGAUAAUGCUACUGGAAACAGACAGACAAACAAGCAUCCUGGAACGAUGAAUCAGAAGAUGAAGAAAAACCUAAAGAGGAUGGGAGGAGGAGGUCUCUCUCUUGAAGCCUUCGUCAAUGCCAAAUCCAGGAAUGAUCAAUACAACCCUUCUCUAAUCAAGAAGCAAAGAGAAUUCUAUAAAAAUGCGAAAUGUAUACGCAAAUAUAAGAAACUGAAGCAACAAGACCCGCAGAAUGAUCCAUCUGCAUCUAUAUCAAAAAUGGAGAACUUGGUUAUACCACACGAACAACAUGAAGAAAAAUUGGAGGAAGCUAGUAAACCUUACCAGAAGAACAGGAAGAACAGAAAGAGCGAAAGGAGCUUGAAUGAAUUGUAUGAGAGGAAGCGUGAGGAAGAUGAAAAGGCCAAAGCUGAAAUGGAGGCAAUUGUUAAAGCAAAGAGGGAAGGAAGGGAAAGAGCUGAGUCCCGUAGAAAAGAUUUGAAAGAGAAAAUGCUGAAGAAAACAAAGUCCGGGCAGCCAGUGAUGAAGUAUAGAAUUGAGCAUAUGUUAGAAUCGAUCAAAGCAUCAACUAGUUAGGAAGCUAUAUUAUUAUUAUUAUUAUUAUUGUAACUCUUAAGUUCUUAUACAAUGCAAAUUAUAAUUUGUUUGGUCCCCAGAAAGACAGAGCUGCAGAGAAGCUAACUUUGUAUUGAUAUAAAUUAAAUUUGUUUGUGUUUUAAGUUAAGAGAGCAGUACAAAUUGUUUCA